AGCUACGGCGGAGCGAGAGCAGAUGCUCAUGAUGAGGGGCUGUUGUCUUAUCUAGCGCUCGUAUCGUAUUUAAUUGCAUCUCCUAGCGCAGAUGGCUUCAUGUGUAUUCAUAUCUCAUCCAUGCGAGUUCGCUGGGCUACGUUACGGUCCGGUCCGGUCCGGCGGUAUGGUAUGGUAUGGUCUGGUCUGGUCUGCUCUGGACUCGUGACUCGGCUGGGGCUGGAACGUUGUGCUUUGGUGCUCGACGGAGACGAGGAGGAUGACGUGAGAGCCCGCGCAUGUGAGUACACGAGCCGUUUCUUUUCAUUUGAGCUCGGGCGCAAGAAAGAGCGAGAGAGCGAGAGCCUUGCAGACGUAGAUGCAGACGCAGGAGGCGAGCGAGGGAUGCUUGUGCAGCCGCUGCGCAGGUGAAGGAAUUGAUGAAGCGGUCAGACAAGGCAGUGCGGCGUUGAUUUGCGACUGGCGAGGGCGAGAGCGAGAGAGAAUGCUCAGGGUGGCCGGCGAGUUGACGGAGACAUGAGAGGAGGAAGAGUUAUGCAUGAGGAGCUGCUGCUGCUGAGAGAGAGAGAGAGAGAGGUUGGUCGUACCCUCCUCGCCGCAGUAGUCGCGCUGAGUGAGUGGAGCUCUGGAACGUGUGGGUCCGUAAUGAGUGGAGCUUUCUGAAAUUCUGAAAUUCUGAGAUCUCACUCGCGAGAGUUUCUUCGCUUGUGAGAAAGAAAGAGGAUUUACUGUAUCCGUGGCGAGAGAACAGAGACACUGCGAGUACAGCGAAUAGCGGCAGCAGCAGCAGCAGCUCCACCGGGGAAGAGAGAGAGAGAGAGAGAGAGAGAGAGAGAGAAGGAGAUAUGGGGUGUACGAUGGUAGCAGCAGUUCCAACGCGGACCGAAUGGUAGAACGGAUGCCUUGUACGGAAUGCAAUUGAAAGCGGAUUUAGAUUGGCAGACCCAAAUUAGAUCCUGCAGUGCGAGGUGAUCUUACCUUUGUCAGGCAAGGGGAAGGGGCUGGGAGUUUGUGGGUGUAUAAAGCUGACGGCAGCAGGUAAGGUAGGGUGUGCAUGUGGCCAAGUUACAUGCAAAUUACUAGCGAGUUGCUUCUGGCGCUGCUGCGAAUGAAGGGCUCCGAAAGUGAAAGGGAAUCUGGAAAGGGCAUGUAGACCUUGAUCCGAGAACGUCGCGUGGGAGGAAAUCACAUAUUACACGUGUUCAAUCGGCGGAUUUCGGAUGAAUCAUUCCUAUUGCUGGUGCUAGAGAUGGUGGAGUCCGAACUCUAGCAUUACUCUUCGCCCCUCGUAAAUUUAGCUCGUACCUGGGAGCUUGCCGAGUACUGACUGGGUCCAUAUCGCCCGAGCAAGGCCGUGACGCUCAGUGAGUAAUUCCUACCUCACGAAGAUCAUCUGUGGCAGGUGGAUACUCGAGCGAGUCAACCGACAGCCGAGAGUACUCUCUUCAAUGUCGUCUCGAAUGGACUCAGACUGCGAGGAGAAGCAGGGCACCACCAAUGUAGACGAACGAGAUGUCCGAACUCUUCGGGUCACGUGUAACAAAAGUCGGAAGCACCUGGUGGCUGCCUCAUUGCCGAAUGGCGAGUUCGCUCCCGAUGGGAGUGUAACUCCCAAGAGCUGGAUUACCACGUCUUUCAUUCUGAAUGGGCUCUUUCUCAUGUUCGUGCUGCUAUCGUACAUGAAGCAUGAUACUGCGUCACCUCUCAAAGUCGCCGAAAUUGCAAUCCCCGCAGCCAUCUGCCCUGCAAGCAAAUUAAUUGAGAUCACAGCCAACGAUCCUUGCUCCGGUCAUGGAGUGUAUGAAGUGGACUUUGAAACGGAGCACGGAACUUGUCGAUGCCACUCUUGCUUCAGUGGAAGAGAUUGUUCAGCAACUGACGACAUGUGCGUCAUUGACCUCUACCAAGGGGAUCCUACCAUGUAUGAAAACUACUGGCGCGAACAUGGGGAUUCCUGUACGACGACUAUUCUCGGGUGGCAGCGGAUGAGUUACUACGCCAACAGCAAGCAGUUUUUUUUCGUGCAAACGGAGCUGGACCAAGUGAUUCGCUCUCUUCAUGACGUGAUUGGCAAUGCUGUAACCGAGGGCAGGCACAUCGUCAUCGGUGUCGGUUCCACUCAACUCUUCCAGGCUGCAUUGUAUGCCUUGUCGCCUCCGGACCGCGCCACUCCCACCAAAGUGGUGUCUGUUGCACCAUUCUACUCGUCAUAUCCGACAAUAACAGAUUAUCUCAAGUCUUCGUUAUAUCAGUGGGCUGGAGACGCAUCUGUCUAUCGGCCACAAUCAGACGACUCAUACAUCGAGCUGGUCACGACUCCCAACAAUCCCACGGGUGAAGUCCGGCAGUCGGUUGUGAGCGGCGGCGCCGGCUUCCCGGUGCAUGAUUUGGCCUACUACUGGCCGCACCACACGCCGAUCACUUCCCCUGCAGAUCAUGACCUCAUGCUGUUCACAGUCUCGAAGAGCACUGGACACGCCGGCACGAGGAUAGGCUGGGCACUCGUCAAGGACCUGAAAGUCGCACAGAAGAUGGCCAAGUUUAUCGAGCUGAAUACGAUUGGUGUUUCGAAGGACGCGCAAAUUCGUGCGGCUCAUAUUUUGCGAGCAGUGACAAGGCAAUAUCGAGAGUUGGGAGGGAAAAUCCCUUACACUCUCGAGAAGACGAGGUCUGGUCAAAUUGAGGAGCGAAUUGGUGCCAAACAACUGUUCCAUUUCGCUGCAGCGGAGAUGUCUUACAGAUGGCAGCGUCUUCGAUCCGUCUUGACCAAGGGGACGCGUUUUAGUGUACCCGAAUUUCAGCCAGCAUGGUGCACAUUUUUCGGUGAAAUUCGAAGCCCUGCUCCAGCUUUUGCUUGGCUGCGGUGCAACGAGGAGGCGGAUUGCGAGCGAUUUUUACGGCACAGCGGCAUUCUCACCAGGAGUGGAGGCUACUUUGGGUCGAACACGAGUUUCGUGAGGUUGAGCAUGCUGGACCGGAGAGCGAGCUUCGAGAUUUUGAUCGAUAGAUUAGAGAAAUUGCAGUCUGCAGUCGACAUGUCGUAGCAAUCUAGCUUCAGCACCUCUAUUACAAUGUCGUACUGCAAAUUAGUACGUAGAACCAACUAGCGGUUAUAGCAAGGGCGACGAUGACGACGACGACUUCGAGCAGCAAUAGUUUUCGGCUGUGCCUGAAGGCACAUCUUGGUUCGCUCCGCAUGCCGUCGCCCCUUUAGAUAUAGCACAGUGAAGUGGACUAGCUCACCCUCACCCUCACCCUCAUGGCUGCACAAGGCCGUGCAAACAUUUUCCAGCCGAACUUUCGUGUACGUAAACUACUUUUUGUAAAGAGAUGAAAUAUAGCACAUGCAGACCUUCCCCC